AGGGCAUCCUAAUGCAGGCAAAUCUCUGCCACAAUCAACCCGUCAACAAACCAGCGGGGCUCGGAACUCCAACCCACGGAGUUCAGUUCCGGCCUCGAUGCACAUUUACCCACCGACAAUGAGCCGGCCAUAGAAUAAUUUUCGUCCACGGUCACUGUGUAGCUCUGUCAACUUCAUACUUUGAGACCCUUCGUCUUGAUUAGAACUGUUGGUUGACUGGGGUUUAACAGGCUGAAACUACACCACAGAUCACCUGAUAGCUACCCUACCGCCCAUCGAAUUUUGAAAAUCCGGCAUUCCUCUUUCUCUUUUCGACUGUGCAGUUUGCAAAUCUCUGCACUCCUACCCAUGCGUUCCCGAGGCCUGCUUACCGCUCCUUGGUGAGCAGCUUGGGGGUUCCUUUGCCUGCGCAUACAGUAUGGGCUCUGAGGCAAUUUGGGACUUUGUCAUUGCGGCCCCGCCGGCUGUGCUCUUGCGGUCGAUCACAGCUCGCUCGACAGCCCAUCCUCGAGUCCUGCUAUUGGAAGCAGGCGUGCGGGGUGAUGGCAAGUCCUCGCAUGUGGACCGUGUGUCGAAGAACUUCCAUUACCGAAGUUGUGAAAGAGGCUCUAGCCUUCUCCACUACGCCGGAGAGCAGUUCGUAGUGUAG